AAGGCGAGCAAAGAUGGCGGCGGCCGCGCUGCGGCUGUGGUGGCUGCUGGCGGCGGCGGCCGCGGCCCAGGCGGGGCCCAGCACCCUGGUGCUGCUGGAGAACGGCAACCUCCGCGACACGCACUCGCUCUUCUUCCGCAGCCUGGCGGACAGAGGCUUUGAUCUCACGUUCCGGACAGCGGACGAUGCUGGGCUGUCCCUGAUAAAGUACGGAGAGUUUCUCUAUGACAACUUGAUCAUCUUCUCACCAUCUAUAGAGGAUUUUGGUGGAAACAUCAAUGUGGAGACCAUCACUGCUUUUAUUGAUGGUGGUGGCAGCGUCCUGGUUGCUGCCAGCUCAGAUAUAGGCGACCCGCUGCGAGAGCUGGGCAGCGAGUGUGGGAUCGAGUUUGACGAGGAGAGGACGGCUGUCAUCGACCACCACAACUACGACGUAUCCGACCCCGGCCAGCACACACUCAUCGUUGCAGAUGCUGAAAAUCUCCUCAAGGCCCCCACCAUUGUGGGGAAAGCAGCACUGAACCCCAUCCUCUUCAGAGGAGUUGGGAUGGUGGCUGAUCCUGACAACCCACUGGUACUGGAUAUCCUGACUGGUUCCUCCACCUCUUACUCCUUCUUCCCAGACAAGCCCAUUACUCAGUACCCACAUGCUGUGGGGAAGAACACCCUGCUGAUCGCUGGCCUCCAGGCCCGUAACAACGCCCGCGUCGUCUUCAGCGGCUCUUUGGAUUUCUUUAGCGACGCCUUCUUCAAUUCUGCUGUGCAGAAAGCCACCCCUGGCUCCAAGAGGUACUCACAGACAGGUAACUACGAGCUGGCUGUGGCCUUGUCCCGCUGGGUGUUCAAGGAGGAGGGAGUGCUGCGUGUCGGUGCCGUGUCCCACCACCGCGUCGGGGAGCUGACGCCUCCCAGCGCCUACACUGUCACAGACCUGGUGGAGUACAGCAUUGUCAUUGAAAAGCUUUCUGAUGGCAAGUGGGUCCCUUUCGACGGAGACGACAUCCAGCUGGAGUUUGUCCGCAUUGACCCCUUUGUGCGGACCUUCCUCCAGCGGAACGGGGGCAAAUACAGUGUGCGCUUCAAGCUGCCCGACGUCUACGGAGUCUUCCAGUUCAAAGUGGAUUAUAACCGACUGGGUUAUACACACCUCUACUCCUCCACCCAGGUGUCCGUGCGUCCCCUCCAGCACACGCAGUACGAACGCUUCAUCCCUUCGGCUUACCCCUACUAUGCUGGCGCCUUCUCCAUGAUGGUUGGGCUCUUCAUGUUCAGUAUUGUCUUCCUGCACAUGAAGGAGAAGGAGAAAUCUGACUGAGCUCCCUGUGGGAGGAGCCUCUGCCCCAGGUGGGAACGGACAGACCCUUUGGGGCCCCUGUGAGGACUGGUGGUAGGUGCCACACACGCUAUGGGUUUGUGUUCUUUUUGUUUUACACAUCAGGGGGUUGAUAGGAAAGAAUAAAUGAUUUUUUUGGGAGGAAAAUCUGUUGCUGAAGUGUCUGCAGACCCAUAACUAUGAAGCCUCAGGUGCUGUUUGGGGAAGAGUUUGCUGUUUCUCUUCCUGCUGUUGUAUUGAUUUGAAUUUAAGAUAAACUCCCUUUACAAAAUAAAGUCUCAUUCCUCUUG